AGAUGAAAAUGAAGGCUAUAGAUUUGAAAAUAAUGAAACAUUAGACAAAAGUGGUAUUGCAGCAAUUAUUAGACAAAUGAGUGACUCAUUUAAGGGAAUUGCUAAAGAAAUCAGGGACGCUUGA